AUGGCCUCCAUGGACGCAAUUGACCGCCCGACACCAACUCCAGAUCAUGACACGACUGUAAUAGUAGUGGUAUUUGUCUCUCUGGGCUGCGUCUUGUUCCUAGCGUUUCUAGCGUUUGUCAUCUGCUUCCUGAUCAAGAAGAAAUCCAAGAAGCACUCUGAGAAAACUGAGGCGGUUCGCGUGGAUGAGCACUUUAAGAUGAAGGAGUCCAUAGUCGAGGGACCUCAUGGAUCCGAGGCUGUGGCGAUAUCUAUUGAAGAUGAUGUUCACAUAGAAGACAUGACCAGGAAAGGUGAGAAGGAAGUGGGGAAGGACGGUGCAGUGGGAUCAUCUCAAUUCACCCGUUCGUAA